AGAAGAAGAAGACAGACAGUGCGGUCAGGCUGUUGCUCCUCUGGCUCCGGGCUCAAACCGUCGUGGAACAGGCAUCUUUCUCGACGACAUGCGGCCUUCUCGAGCCCUCUGUCAUGAAAGGCGAGGCUUGCCAGCGUGUCCAGCGCUGGUGACCACCUGGUUUGUCUGCGCAUGUAUGCCAGGGACAGCAGAGGGCGUUGGUCUAUACCGCAGGCUCGCCUUGCACCGCUCCCUGGCGGACAUCAUCCCGGUGGCAGGAUGGCGCGAGUACUGCGAUGGCGGUAGAUGGGCCUACAAGUCGCCGUACUGCGGAAACGUGACCAAUAUGGACCCCAAUUUUUCAGAAGAUCAAGACGUGUGGCCGCACUUCGAGAAGGCAUGCGGCAAUGCUGGCCAGUCGCCCAUUGACAUCAACUUCCUGCAGACCAGCUUCAAGAGCUUCGGGCCCAUUGCAUUCCUCGGCUACAAUGUGCCCUUCCGCUUCAAGGUGGAGAAUGGAGGACACGCCCUGUACAUCACACCCGAGGACGCGAAUCUGGAGUCGUACGGGGGUCCGCUGCCCGCUCGCUACACGCUGUCCAAGGCCGUCUUCCGAUUCGGCAACGAGACCAGUGAGCGCGGCUCGGAGCACACGCUCGACGGACGAAACUUCGCGGCCGAGCUCCAGCUUCUGAUGUCCUGCGAGAAGCCAACGCCUACCGACUGCCUUCGGCGUGACAAAGGGUUGGCCAUAUUCGUCAUUCUCUUUGAGAAACAGGACGUGUCCAACCCGUCCGUGGACAUACUCAUCAACGCCACGCAGCACAUGACGGCGCGGGGCAACACGACCGAGACGUUCAUUCCCCUGGCCGUCCUGCUGCCGAACUCGACGGCCAACUACUACCUAUACUUGGGCUCGCUCACUUUCCCGCCGUGCACCGGCAAGGCUCUCGUGGUGGUCUUCAACAGCGCCGUCUCCAUCGGAGAGACGCAGCUGAAGAAGCUGAGGAACAACCUGUACUACUACUUUGGCACCUGCAAGAACCGGGUCGCCGGCAACCUGCGCAAACAGCAAAAGCUGGGCAACCGCAUCGUCUACAGGUCAUUCAAGUUCACCGGGGCGGCUACCACCUCAAGGCCUGCCUUCAAAGUGCUGAUCGGAGUAGCGGCAGCGACCACUGCCCAUUCUAUCGGAAGUGGCCGCACUAUUUAAUUGCGCGAACAUAUUUCGCAACGCGUGCGUACCCUAUGAGACAACGAGGAGCAGUUGUUUAUAUUACCGAAAAAAAUUAUUGCGAAACAAAUACAUCUGAUGCAGUUUGCAUUUAUCACCUGAUUUUUUUCUGGUUUAAUGAACACACAAAUCGCUUUGUGAAGAAAUAAAAGCAAAUAUUUUACG